AUGUUUGGUACUACGGGAGGAGCCGGUGGAACUGCUGGAGGAACACCAUUCCUACCCCCAUCCACGAGCGCAUCGAUCUCAUUCGGCGCACCUACUGCAAACACGAAUUUAUUUGGAGCAACGACUGUCAAUCAACCCACGGCCACCUCGACCACAUCGUUGUUUGGAACAGCGCCCGCCCCAACUUUUGGAGCUCCGACCGCAAACCCUUCAGCAGUAACACCUGCUUUUGGAGCUGCUCUUGCCACAAAUCCAACAUUUGGAACUGGAACCGCUGCUGCAAUUCCGAGUUUUGGAUCUGCGACGUCUACAGCUUCAACAGCGCCUGCAUUUGGUACUGGAACCACUACAAAUCCGAGCUUUGGCGCAACGAUUCCUUCUGCAGCACCAAUCUCAAAUCUCACACCAUUUGGAGCUGGAGCUGCUACUUCUGGUACAACAGCGCCAACUACAACAGCAACGAAUCCGAUCUCAUUGGGAACUCUGACUAGCUUGGCCACGACAACCAGUGCCGCUGGAACUCUCUUCUCAGCUGCACCGGCUCCAACUACUGCAGCCUUGUUCUCGGGUGCUGCAUCAGCUGCUCCGACCACUGCAGCACCAUUGUUUCCGAGCACCACUGCUACUUCGAGUGCAGCAUCUCUAUUCCCAAGCACACCUGGUGCAGCUGCAACAUCCGGUUCUGGAUUAGGUCUAACUACAGCAAGUUUGCCGAAGACAUCCGCUCAAUCACUGUUCUCACUCAACGCCACUCCAGCUUCUACAGCUUCCACAGGAUUGGGGAUGAGCUUGACUGCUCCGGCUCCUGUUGCUACGGGAAUGCCGGGUGAAUCGACGGCGGAGCCUGGCAAGAUCGCCGACAUGAACAGCCUUGAAGGUCAAAUACACAAGUUGAUUCGACAUACGGAACGACAUGGUAUCGCGUUCCGGGAAAUGGUUCGCGAUGUGAACUCGUUGGAUACAGUCAUUCGAUCGAAUUCGGACAAAUUGAGGGAGGGGAAGGAUCGUUUUGAGGCUUUCGACAAACGCGCAACAAAUUUGGAUUACGGAAUAGCCUUUGUGAACGAUCAACUAUCAAAUCUUGAAGAUGGACUCAACUCGAUGGAGAAACAACUCCGGUUACCAGCUUGGACGGGCGAUUGGAGUGGGAAAGGAGCUUUUGGUGAAACAAAUAUUCGAACGGCCGCGGAUGAGAAACGACGUCUAAUAUUGCAGCUUUUGCUGUCUUUGGAUGCCACAUUGAAGAAUACGACAUAUGAAGCAAACAACGCUCAACGUGAUGUAUCGUCACUCGCUCUACAAAUGCAAGGUGGGCAAAAAGAAGACGAGAAAGCGCUGGCUUUGAUUCUCUACAAACAUCUCGAUAUGCUCAAUUGGAUCGAUAAGAUGAAUGAUGACAUCGAGAAAAAGUUGACGACGUUGGAGAGAAAUUUA